AUGGAGACCUCAGCGCAGCAGGAGCAGCAGCAGCCCGUGGCGGCCAAGAUCAGAAACCUGCCCUGGGUUGAAAAAUACCGGCCACAGACACUGAACGAUCUGAUUUCUCAUCAGGACAUUUUGAGUACCAUUCAGAAAUUUAUUAGUGAAGACCGCCUGCCGCACCUGCUUCUCUAUGGUCCUCCGGGGACGGGAAAGACCUCCACCAUCCUGGCCUGUGCAAAACAGCUGUACAAAGAUAAGGAAUUUGGCUCCAUGGUCUUGGAGCUGAAUGCUUCAGAUGACCGAGGAAUAGAUAUCGUUCGGGGACCCAUCCUGAGCUUUGCUAGCACAAGGACAAUAUUUAAGAAAGGCUUCAAACUAGUGAUUCUGGAUGAAGCGGACGCCAUGACUCAGGAUGCCCAGAACGCCUUGAGGAGAGUGAUUGAGAAAUUCACGGAAAAUACCAGAUUCUGCCUCAUCUGUAACUACCUGUCAAAGAUCAUCCCCGCCCUGCAGUCCCGGUGUACAAGGUUCCGAUUCGGCCCCCUGACUCCUGAACUCAUGGUCCCCCGCCUGGAACACGUCAUAGAAGAAGAGAAAGUGGACCUGAGUGAGGACGGGAUGAAAGCACUCGUGACCCUUUCCAGCGGAGACAUGCGAAGGGCUCUGAACAUUCUGCAGAGCACCAACAUGGCCUUCGGGAAGGUGACGGAGGAGACGGUCUACACGUGCACCGGGCACCCCCUCAAGUCCGACAUCGCCAACAUUCUGGACUGGAUGUUGAAUCAAGACUUCACCACGGCCUACAGAAAUAUUAUGGAGUUGAAGACGCUGAAGGGGUUGGCGCUCCAUGACAUCCUGACCGAGAUCCACCUGUUCGUGCACAGAGUUGACUUUCCAUCUUCAGUUCGAGUACAUUUAUUGGCCAAAAUGGCAGACAUAGAGUACAGACUCUCUGUAGGCACCAACGAGAAGAUUCAGCUGAGUUCCCUCAUUGCCGCUUUCCAGGUCACCAGGGACCUGAUUGUCACAGAGGCCUGAACACGGGGCCUGUUCGCAGCCAUUCGCGGG